AUGAUCCACAAAUCGCAACGACUAAGUAAACAACCCCGCGCUUGCGCGGGGUCCCCGCACCUAGUGGAGAUGAAAAGAACGGUUGUAUUUAUGGUGAUGAUAUUGACGAUCGGAACCCUUCUAGUUGAGUCGGAAGAAAUAAACAAAAAUUUUCAGAAAUGUUUCAAGAUUUGUUUUAACAUAUGUAUCGUUGGUCCAGCACGAUAUAAAUUCGGAUGUUUUGCUAAGUGUACAAAAGAAUGUGGGCAACAACGUGAAAUCGAUUGUGUUAAUCUUCGUUGUGUUUCUGCUUAA